UACUCUAACCCUUCAUGUCCCUCUCAACCCACAGAGAAGACAGCAGCGGGUACCGAGACAGUCUUGGCGAGGGCCGAGAGAGCCGCGAAGGGUCGAGGUGUGGAGGGGAUAGCGGGCUCAGCAUGGAGCUCAGCAGUCUGUCGGCCGCUUCCAGUCAAAACUCGGAGCUUGCCAGACAGGUCUACGAGCAGAGCAAGAUGAAAGGGAUACUGAUGUACAUGAUGGGACCUUGUGGGCCUGGAGCUACCUUGCCAAAAAGCGAAUCGGACGAGUUUUCCGACCUGACAUCCGAGAUGGAUUUCGACGAGUUAGCGUCAGAGCGGAGCCGACCAGACGGGGGUUCGAGCACCGACGAGAGCGGCCGCGACCUCCUGGCGGCCUCUUGUGUAAGUAGUCGCAAAGAAUCCAAACGGCAGAAACACAGGCCGAAAUCCUUGAACCUGUCUCGCUCUCACAGCCACACAUCAUCGGACGAGGAGGAAGGGCCGGGAUCCGGAGGACAGGAGGCAGGGGCCGCGGCGGCUUCAGGGAAAACGUCAUCGAGUGACGUCACUAGCAUAGGAAGCGGAAGUAGCUCCAGUAUCACGCUCAAGAAUGAGCUCGGAUCAAAGGUUAGGACAACAAGCGGUGGGGAGAAUGAGUUAUCAGUUGCUGGAUCUCGUGGUUCUGAAGGUCUUGGUGCUGCUGGAGAUUCCAGAGGAGGGAAGAAGGGAGGAGGAGGAGGGAAAGACCAGCACCAUCUGGGAUCAGAGACAAUGGGUAAGAGUUUAAAGGAACCUACGUCGUUAGGUAGUCAUGAUCACCUAGCAGAUGGACACGCAGUAAACAGCCCGACUCCACCGCGUAGUCCGAGCUGGCGUGAGGGUUUAGAGAGCCCUCCUUUCUCUCCCCGCAGACGGGACUCGUACCCAGGAAAACGGCGUGGGUCCUUGUCUCCCAAGGAUAAGAAGACACACUUCACGUACAAUGACAUAUCCCCACCGUCUCGGCAGCUGUCUCUCGACGAUCUCUACGGAGAAGCGUCCAACAGCACUCACAGCGCUCUAGACAACGGUAUCGCCGGCUCUCAGAUGCCUCAAAGGCCCUCGCCGAUGUCUCCAGAAGAGAUGAAAGACUCGCUCGUCACAACCAUGGGCGAGACGCUAUCGUUUGACAUGCCCAACGUCAGAGCCAAGCCUCCAUCCAGCAUCCCCGCCCCCUCCGCCACGCAGCCGCAUCAUAACGACUUCCAGGUCACGGGGUCAAUGCCCCACUCCGCCCCCGUCAUGGAUUUAGCCACUUACGCCGCGACCAUCGCCAACAGCACGGCUAGCUUGACCUCCAUGAGUGUGUCACCCACCAACCUCCUGCCUCACACCACGAGCAACAGUGGCGGUGGCCUCGGGGAGCCAAUGAGCCCGGACUCUGUCGAGAGCGCAGAUUCCAGCUCCUCCCCCGUGUCUCCCGGUUACUAUGACAACGCCACGCCCCCGAGUGAUGACGUCGAAGAGGUGGAGCUUGCUGAUCCUGCCUCGAAAUCUAUCGACUUCCAAGGUUCCAAAAGGCAAAAAGCUCGCCCUCCUUCCACCGACUGGUCACCCGUGAUUGAUCUGUCCCCGAUACUGGAUGUGUCUCCUUCGGUAGAGGAGGCUGAACAGGAAGACAUGCUAGCCAAACAGAUGGAGGAGCUAGAGAGACAGAGGUCUCGAGAAGAGGCGGCAGCGGCUUACGAAGAUCAUGACGACGAUGAUCACGGAGUUGUUGCCCCUCCUACGGCUUUCUUUGAACCUGGCAAAGCGUUUUCACCGUCUCAGAAGAAAGAAAUAGUCGACGUCAUUCCCCGAAUACCCCCACCUCCAUCAGCGAAGAAGCUGAAACAGCAGCUGCAAGAAGAACAAGAGGAGGCAGAAAAAGAGGAAGACGACAACAACGGUCAGACGUUUACAUACAGCAACACGUUGAGGCGAUGUGGGAACUUUGAAGACAUCAGCCGGCUGGGGAGUGAAAACUCGACAAUCAAAACCACGGCAGAUCUCUCGGCACUUGACCAUGUUGCAGACGACAUCGACUUGCAUGACGCCGCCAGCGAGUUCCCGUUCUUGCCGUGCACGAGUCAGGCUCAGAUGUUCCCACAUUCAGCGCCGUGCAUCAGCACGAGUCUCUCAGCCUUCCACGCACCCUCGCGACACAGUGACGAGAGACAGACGGAAGAGCAGGCCGCGACAAAGCUGAAGGAUUUCGAAGCUUUGAUCACCGACGAAAUCCAUAAAAUCGCCGAGGACAUGGAGAACAUCGUGAAGAGGGGCGUGUCCGAUCUAAAGCCGAUCCCGCCUCCCAAGCCGAAGAGAAGACUGCCAGACCCCGAGCUCGUCCUGUCCCCACUGUCCACGAAACAGCAAGGCGUCUCUGAGAUCCCGGAGAGAAAAUCAGUGGUCAUCCCCAGCAUUAAAGCCGACGACAUCAAUGACGGUUCAUUCAGCAGUAAAGAAGGUUCUUUCGAAGAUGGCAACUCUGGUACUACAACAACAACUGCUAGUGGUAAAUAUUUACCCAGGCAGGACUCCACAGAAAAGAAGAAGGCUAAAGAUCUCAAGGCGAAGCCGAGUCCGAUUUUAAUACAGCACAUAGAGGCGGAGGAGCAAUCCGUUUCUCCCCAUUACAAGGUCAUGGAGUCCCCUCCGACGCCAGAAACGAAGACAAUCAAGAGAGAGUUCUCUGACAGCACGUCAGUCUCGCCUAGCUCCUCCCCCGAUCAAGACGUUUACGCCUUCCCCUCUCCGGUCACGCCCCCUGACUCUGACUCUUCCCCUCCCAAACCUCACUCCCCGUCGUCACCCGGGACAGACUUCGACGAGGAGAGUUCCACCAGAGGGGGAGACGACUCGGCCAGAAGCCCGUACGGAAACAACUCGAUGAGUCCUUAUCGUGUGGGGAGCCCUUACGACAACGCCAAACCAACGGCUAUGCCAAGAAGCGAACAUGCCAGAGCAUCACCAUUGAAAGGAGUACAGAUGGCUGCAUCACAGGCCAGACAAUACGACAACGGCUCGACAAAUGGUUCAUCCUCUCAAACUUGCGCGGAGAGUCCUCCAAUUGUGGUCAGACCACCCAUCUCGCCGCGGAAGAGUAUACGUAAGUUUGACGACGCUGCCAAAGCCGCUGCAGAUUCCAGUCCUCUAUACGAAAACGUAAAAGACCUCACGACGCAAGAAUACCUCGAAGAGCAGCAGAAAAACGCAGCAGCACUAAGGGGAAAAUCUGACGCGUUCAGUCUCCCACAACAACAAACGUCCAUUCCAAAAUUAGACGCACCCCCGUCUCGUGAUGUGCUCUCUUCCCAGUUCGCCGGACAACCCACAGAGAUCUUCACGUACCCGGUAGUCGGAGAGUUUCCUGCGCGAUCCAGAAGUAGCUCAGCACCCCCUGAAGAGCUCCAAGCUCUGUCGGAAGACGCGGAGGCCGGAGCAUCGAGACCACGUUCGGCAUCUGUGGAACACGAGGGUCUCGAGACCAGCAUGAGUGUCCGCGACAAAAUUCGAGCCUUCGAAGAGCCACCUGUUCCAAGAAGAAGGGUGAGUUCGCUUUCGUCCGAAUGUGUUGCAUAGAUGUUCUUUAUCAUCAUCUAACCCUGCGCUGUGCUUGACUGUGGUGUUUUCUGGAAGCUUUCUCUAUUUCCGUGUACACUGUUUUGAUUUCGCUCAAAUAUCACCUUUCUAACAAGGUCUUCGUCUUCUCGGAGACAGAAAGCAAUCUUCUCUGAUUUGUGUCGCUCUGCAUUACUAUUUCUAUAUUAAUCUUGGUUUGUAUUUGCUGUCUGGCGAGCUGUCAAUCCAUGUGUUUAACAUCUGUCUAUCUAUCUAUCUAUCUAUCUGUCUAUCUAUCUAUCUAUCUAUCUAUCUAUCUAUCUAUCUAUCUAUCUAUCUAUCUGUCUAUCUCACGUAUCUGUUCAAGUUAUCUAACAACUGUGAGUACUCACAUUUUCAACUGUUCAGUUUUCUUUCACUUGUACUGUAUAUCUAUAUGUAUGUACACAUGUAUGUCUACGCAUAUGGGCUUGGAUGGACACCUCACUGCAUGAUAUAAAGGACUUCAGAAAUGACUAUAAAAUUUCCAAUGUGAUGAACCAGAAGAUUCCAAACGUAACAGUUGCCAAAAGCUGUUCUAGUCUGUCAAUAUUAUUAUAAGUUGUUAAAAUUAAACGUGCACGAUAAGUUGCUGUUCCCGUCGUUUUGCAUGUGGGUGUCUAUUGAGUAGAGUUGUUCUUUGAGUAUCACCAAAUGAGUAAAUGUAAUUCUUACCCUUGAAAGGGAGCGGGGGGGGGGUGUGGAGUCGCAGGUUUGCCAAGAAAGCGUCUGAACAUUUAAUAGUCUUUGAUUCCGAUUCAGUGCGGGAUGCUGGGAAGGGGUAGGGGUUGUAAGAGUUUGCAUGCACUAUACUGUUUAGCCAAGGUCGCUAUGACU